AUGGCGUCCCCAAAUAAUCGAACAACAUCGGUUCAGCUAGAAAUAGCUAAUGUAAGUGAUCUUCACAUUUCUACCGCUUACAUUACAUUUUACUUCGUCGCUUUUCGAUCCUCUGAAACAUCAUGAUAGUCACAUUAUCUGAGAAUCGGCCAACUCUUUUUUUGAACCAGCAACCAGCUAAAGUAUUAUUGACAACCUAGUUAUCACAAUAAUAUUCGGAGCGAAGCCCCAGUGUAGUCUAUAAAACCCUGUCUAAUUGAGGCAAGCGUUGGCGGUAUAUUGUUAAACCCAGAUCCUACCAAACGUUGCAUUUGUUUCUUGAUAUGAACUGCUUUUAUUGACAUGAUUUUCCACGGUUCUAGUAGCCGGAAAACUCAAAUAAUAAGCCUACAAGGAGUUCCAAUAAUUGUGUAGACUACAUCUGGUAGUAAAUAACAGCCACUAGAAAAAAGUUUGCGCUGUUACGAUUAUUUUUCGUCUGUUCUCUGCCAUGGAAGACAUGGAAUAUGAGUUGGAUCUUGCGCGGAUAACUCCUCCGAGACGAUUGCUGUUCAUCAAGCCAUCAUCAAUCGGGAAAGCAUAAAAUGUUAACUGAAAAUUGCUUCAAUCGGUAUCUUUUCAUGGUGGUCGCCCCUGGGUACCUCAGGUGCCCGUCUGGUCUCUUACAAGAGUUGUCGAGGCCCCAGCAAAGACACUGACUUUAUUCUAUUAAUUUUGUUAUUUCUAUUUAGAUUCAUGACUACCUGAAAGGAAUCGUGGACUUCGCUCAGUACCAUCGACGUAAAGCAUUAUGCCAGACGCUAAAUACUAACAAGGAGUGUCAAGCAAUACACACUCAGUUCAGUAGAAUAUUUUCACCGACGAUGACGGCAAGCGAAGCGUUAACCAUUGGUCACAACUCGGAACACGGUACGGUGUAAAAUUUGAUGUUUAUUGUGUAAAAGUUUCCUUUCCGUAACUACUGAUUCCUUCAAAGAAACAAAUAAUGUUUCAGUUUGUUAUUCUUUCACUCCGCGAACUUUUUUUAAAACUUUUAAGCUAAGAUAUGUUUCUAUAUGUCGUACUAUUUUAUGCUUAAAAAAGAUAAUAGCUUAGAGUUUAGAGUCAGCAGUAAAAGUUUGAAAAAACCCUGUACUUAAAUUUUUAGGGUGUAAACAUUGUAUCCAUUGGAUCUGUGCUAAAGAUAUUUUUAGGCGAUGAGUCAUGACUAAAAAUACUUCAUGAUACGUGACGUCCGCGGUAUCAAUUAAAACUAUUCGGUAUUUCGCAAUGCUCCAAAAACUAAUUAUGAAUAUUAAUCUUUCAGUGAAAGGUUUAAAAAUUAAUCUUUCAACAUUUCAACCUUACAAAAGUGGUCUAUUUACGCUUAUCGUCUGUUAAGUUUUAGUUAUGGAGGGAGCGAAAUUCAGGGCAAAACGAAAACACUAAAUGAAAUUAUUUUAGGAUAUCAAGGUUGUGGAAAAUGAAAGAGGGGAAUUUUUUAUUGUCAAAGCAUCCUUUUUCGGGAAAAAAAUACAUCACGCGGAAAUACCCUUGUAUAGAAAUAGAUAUAAUAAAAGUGUGCAAUAACUUUUAACCCAAAGAAAGAAAACCAAUUGAAUUUGUAUAGCUGAAUAACGAAAUAAUUUCGACCAUGUUUUCAUUUUCUACAGACGUCUCAAGUCGUGUUAAGGUUACAUCUCAGUUGACUUGGCAAAGACGGACGACAUCGCCGGCGGAAUCAAUGUCAUCAAUUGAUUCGGCUUACAUGUCUUCCCCGCCAUCUCCAGGACUGGACAAUGGCUUCAUUGACAACGUCUAUGAUGACCUCAAUGGUAAGAAAAUCACUCUUCUAAGCAUUUUAAAUAGCUUAAUAAACAGUACCGCAUGAAAGUACGGCCACACUUUAGGAUUUCAUCCACAGACACCUUUACACACUUUAGGAUUUCAUCCACAGACUCAUUAGUUAAAAUCACCUUGCACAGCUUAAUAAACAGUACCACAGGAAAGUACUGCUCAGUAGCUUUCAUUUGAAUGGUCACACUUCAGGAUUUCAUCCACAGACUCAAUAGUUAGAACCACCUUGUACAGCUUAAUAAACAGUACUACAGCAAAGUACACGAGUCAUUGAAGGUAAACUUACCAGUGUGAAAUCCUAAAGUGAGUGUCUGAGUUAUCAAUCUUAGUGGAACGUGUCGAAUUAUUUGUCAUGAUGUCCUUUCACGACGAGUCAUGACAUCGAAUAAUAAACAAUUGGUUCAACAAAUUUUACAUAAGAAUAGUUCCUCGCGUUUCAAGUUUCAGAUCUACAAAAACCAAAUCAUAACUAACAGCGACCGAAAGAACUUAGAUAAUCAUCAUUCCUUCGUGUAGUGACCUACGUACGUGAAGACAACAAUGGAAAAUAGACCCAAAAUAUGAUUCUAAACAUGUUGUCUUUUUCUUCAGAAGGCUUUGAAAGCAUGAGCAGUGCUUCAGGAUCUCCAAGUUCCUCUGUGGACUAUAAUCAAGAGUUCUCCGCGAGAGAAGUUCGGCUUGGAAGCAAGAAAAAAAGCCCCAAAAGAGGUGAGUUCUUCAGAAAAUUUGCCAUUAAACCGAGAUAGAGUUCUUUUCGCGAAAAAUUUAUUAUUUUUUUCCAGAAUGAAAAUAUUUCCCCCCUUUAAUUACAUGUGUUAACUUUUGCUUUUGAAGAGACGUUUGUCCGAAGCUUUAGCUGAGACUCGUUUUAAACCGUUUGAAACGCUCAUGUUUUUUUGUUUUUGUUUUUUUUUCCAGCAGCAACAAGUACGGUGGAUGAAUCUAAUCCCAAGCCAAAGAAGAAACGAAACCGAGGUCCCAAGCCCAGAAUUAUGUAUGAAGGUACGUUACAAAAUUAAUUUCAAGAAAUGCGACUUCAUACAGUGAUUAAAUUGACAAAUAAGUUAUUAGGAAGCAGACAAAAAUUUGCCCUCUUUUCCGUAAAAUGUUUGACUUCACAUUGUAACUCUAGUAACGUCUGCCUGAAGUGCCUUAUUAUCAGACUCAAGAAAAAUAUCCAAAUUUCGUUUCGCUAAAAACUGAAAGCAAAUAAAAGUUUGCAAAACGACAUGCAGUUGGGUCAAACUAAGAUGUUUUAGCUGAAUUGUCUCACCAUCACCAUAGGAUUUCAAUCUCAGACUUAAAAAUUUGAAUCUACAGAGAACAUCUCAUAAAUAAUUAUUUUGAAGUGAUAGGCUUAUAUAUCUUUUAUUUUUUUAUAUUUUCUUAGGUAAUGGUCCAAUGCAGCUAUGGCAGCUGAUUCUUAAGCUUCUCGUAUCACCUCCCAGUUCUGAGCUUGAAUCAGGCCUUGUUGAAUGGACAAGAGAGCAGAAAUAUGGCUUCAGAAUUCUCCAGCCAAAAAAGCUGGCAGAGUUGUGGGGGAAAGUAAAAAAGAAGCCAGCCAUGAACUUUGAGAAACUCGCUCGUGGCUUGCGAUAUUAUUACGGCAAGUCAAUGUUGGAGAAGGUUCCUGGUCGAGAAAAUACCUACCAGUUUGUUUGGGACAUUUCUGAAAUCCUCGGUUACGAUCCCUCUGAUGGAAUCCCCGCAGUUGCACCUUCGAAAAGUGGGCUACCUGUGCUUGGCCAGAGUAGUGGUGUGACUGUUCCAGACCCAGUCGAUGUUCCCGAGACGACGGCUGUUCCCGACGUUCUUUUAGCUGAAUCUUUACUAGACAAUAACUUCCCUGAUUUAAGUAUAAAGAAUGGCGUUCCAGUUGGCCCAGAGUGUUUCUUUCAACCAGUGUGUCCGAUGCCUCCAACAUAUAGCACUCCUCUUCCUACUCCAUGGUAUGGUGGGCUUCCUGUUCUCGACUCAUUAUUCGAGGAUCCACGGUGUGGUGUUCCUGUUCCCGACCCAGUCUUCGUUCCUGUUUCCAAUCAAGCGAUUGGUUUUCCAGUCGAUUUCCUAACCCCUCAAGUUGUCCCCAGUGCCCAAUCAGAUUUCACGUGGUUCCCUGAAACUGAUGUCAAGAGUAGCUUCUAUGAAGCGUUAUAA